UUCGUCCGCCUUCGUAACGGCCGCCAUCUUUUUUCCAGUUGUAAAUAUUUUGGUAUAUCACAGAAAUCCGAAAACAUCGGCCGGGUUUGACGACAGAUUAGACUUGCAGAAUCUAAAUCUUACAACUCUUACUUUAUUGGAAUGGCCGAUACUGAUAAAUUAAAUAUAGACAGUAUAAUUGCGCGGUUAUUGGAGGUUCGUGGCACUCGACCAGGCAAGAAUGUACAGCUGACAGAAUCUGAGAUUAGAGGUUUAUGUCUCAAGUCAAGAGAACUGUUUCUUAGUCAACCUAUUCUUCUGGAAUUAGAAGCACCUCUUAAAAUAUGUGGUGAUAUACAUGGACAGUACUAUGAUUUGUUACGAUUGUUCGAGUAUGGUGGCUUUCCUCCAGAGAGUAACUAUCUUUUUCUCGGGGACUAUGUAGACAGAGGAAAGCAGUCUUUGGAAACCAUCUGUCUCCUGUUAGCAUACAAGAUCAAAUACCCAGAAAACUUUUUUCUACUCAGGGGCAAUCACGAAUGUGCCAGUAUCAACAGAAUAUAUGGCUUUUAUGAUGAAUGUAAACGAAGAUACAACAUCAAACUGUGGAAAACAUUCACAGACUGUUUCAACUGUUUACCUAUAGCAGCCAUCAUAGAUGAGAAGAUUUUCUGUUGUCACGGUGGAUUGAGUCCAGACCUUCAGUCUAUGGAACAGAUCCGACGUAUCAUGAGACCUACAGACGUACCAGAUCAGGGUCUACUCUGCGACCUGUUGUGGUCGGAUCCAGACAAGGAGACUAUGGGCUGGGGAGAGAAUGACAGAGGAGUAUCCUUCACAUUUGGUGCAGAAGUAGUAGCCAAAUUCCUUCACAAACAUGAUCUGGAUCUUAUAUGUAGGGCACAUCAAGUAGUAGAAGAUGGUUAUGAAUUUUUUGCCAAGCGUCAACUUGUAACAUUGUUCUCUGCCCCAAAUUACUGUGGUGAAUUUGACAAUGCAGGUGCUAUGAUGAGUGUUGAUGAAACUUUGAUGUGCUCAUUCCAGAUCUUAAAACCAGCAGACAAAAAGAAGUUCCCAUAUGGAGGUUUGAAUGCAGGGCGUCCUGUAACUCCGCCUCGAGGGACUCAAAAAGGAAAAGGCAAAAUGUAAGACUGGUUGAUUGAGAUUAGUGUGUUGACAUUGAAAGUGCAUCAAUAUGUAACAGGCAAAUGGUUUGACUCAGAAAUAGUGACCUUGAAGAAACGCGUGUGUAAUGAAUUGUUGAAGUGUAAAAGUGAACACAACCUGGCGUAGAAGAGCUGCAAAAAUGAACAAUUUUAAUAUUAAGUGUUUGUGUGUGUAUAUAUCAAGAUUGACCCCUUUGCAGCUGUUUUAUAGCAGGAGUUGAUUGUGUAAAUUUUAAGUGUGUACAUACUGUACAUGACUACAAUGAAAUGCAUGUAUUGGUGUCUUGUGUGACAGUACAAGUUUUUAAAUCGACAUUUGUAAAUUUCUCUCGAAAUCAUGGAUGUUUUUUCAGAACUACAAAAACUGUUGAACAUUACUUACCCGUCCCUGUUGACUUACAGGGAAACUCUCCACUUUGUGUCAAAAGUUGAUCAUACCAUGAAAGGCUAGUCACAGAGUAUUGAUUUACACCAUACCUCUUGUUUUCUUCUGUCAUGAUAUCGGUAUGUUGAUGACGUAGUGGUCAUGUGACCUGUGUCAAGCAGCGAGUCCUUAGGUGUGUGUUGAAGGAAGCUGUUCAUUAAAAUAAAGCUUAGUAUUUAUCAUAGAGACAUCUAAAUUUACUGAAACAUUUCAUCCAUGUCCUCGAUAAACUAUUCUCUCUCUGAAAGAUCUUUGCUAUCUUGUAUGCUUUGUAUUAAAGUCACGCUUUGUCCCGGUCUUGAAAGACAAUUGGAGAGAAGUGUUGCAGUGAAUUUAUUUGGUCUUUCCUCAUUUUGUACUCUUAUAACUGUGAUAGUCACUUAUUUGCUGAUUUUGUUCUGAUUUUUCACAAUUUUAACUAAAAAAUAUAAAAGUUUUUUUAUGCCCUUGUUCACAUUUUCUCCAAGUAUCUUUAAUAUGAUAAACCUGAUAGGGGAUUCCUGAUGAACUAAGCUUUCUUGAAUCAGCAAAGGUUUGGAAUUUAUUUAGUAUUUAUAGAAAAUAGCUUGUUUAAUAUCUGAAACUUUACUCAGCAGCAGUCAACUUUCUGUCAAGGUAUUUGAAAAGUAUUCAGUCAGUUUAUACCUUUCCAUGACUUUACAUUUUUGAUAGUAAUGAAUAUUGAAUUAAUUUAUUAAUUAGUAUGUAAUAAGUAUGAAAAUAACGAUGAAUUAACAUGCGUUUCUGGUAUUUCCAGAUUACUAAUACAACUAAAGUGACGGUGAUUGCAGCUUCUGCACCACUUUUGAAAUUGUAUGUUUUAGUAUUAAAUUUUGGUUAUGUUGUAAAGGCUUUUCAAAUGUAGAUAUACCCUAACCAGACAGAUGGAAGGGUAACUGUUAACCAGUGUCACUUCUAAAGAAUGAUCUAAAAGCAAGAUAGUGCUGAACAUUGCAGAAAGUUCUAUUUUUUAUCAAACAAUUAUGAUGGAACAAAUUGUAAGGAAAGUUUCUGAGGAGAGUAUUAUAAGCAAUGAAAUACAAAAUGGCUUUGUGUUUUUAAAGUUGCUUGAGAAGUUGUUUUGUUUCAUUUGCACCUUCCAAGAUACAGCUCAAGAGCACUUGCUUUCUAGAAUUUAAGUUGUUUAGGAGUUGAAUUUUAUUUUAUGAUAUUUAAAUUUUUAAGCAGUUUCCAGAUGUUGAAGUGGAAAAAAGAUGGUCGGCCGAACUUGUCUUUAGAGCCUGAAACUGUACAACAAUUGUUUUAUCAAAGCAGAAAUGAGCCGUGCCAUGAGAAAACCAACAUAGUGGCUUUGCGACCAGCAUGGAUCCAGACCAGCCUGUGCAUCCACGCCGUCGGGUCAGAAUCCAUGCUUUUCGCUUUCAAAGCCUAUUACAAUUAGAGAAACUGUUAGUGAACUGCAUGGAUCCUGACCAGACUGCGCAGAUGCGCAGGCUGGUCUGGAUCCAUGCUGGUCACAAAGCCAGUAUGUUGGUUUUCUCAUGGCGUGGCUCAAAUUGUAUUAUUGUACAUAACUUUGUGACCUAACUUAGUUUUUUUGUAGUUUUCUUUGUACAUUGUGUAUCUGUUGUAUUAAAUAUGAUGUAAAAAUAAUAAAAAGGUAGAAGAAAUCUCGAACAUAAAGACAAAUCAUAAGCUGAAGAUAGAGUAGUGCAAAACAGUAACCAGAGCCUACAGAUGUUAGCUGUGUUGAUGAAAACAGAAGAGGAUUUGUGUAUAGAAAUGGAAACCGGAGACUUGUGUUAAAGUUUUUAAUGGUCUUUUUAAUACUACAGCACCUUACUGAGUAUCUGCUAACAUACAUCAGGAAAAUUUUCACAACUCGUCUGUAUAUAUUUAAUGAUAAAUGUUAGUAAAUACGUAGUAAGGUGUUUAUAUAUAAGUUUGUCAAAGCAGGUAAAACUGUGCGUGUAGGUACAGUAGACAUUUUUUUAUAUAAAAAAUCAUACUGAAAACUGCACAUCUAUCAUUUGUACAGUUUUAACAUUAUUUGUAUCACGUCUUACUUGUGUUUGUGAAUGUUUAAGUAGAAACUCUCUGUUUAUUUAAAUAUGAACUGGCAAAUAAAGCAAAUAGAUAUUUUUA